AUGAUAAGGCUAUUACUGAUCAGUUUUGUGGCGGGUCAGGGAUUUGUUUACUCGGUAAGUUACUAUCGUCUUGUCUUUAUAUUUCUUGAUUAAAACAAUAUUGUCUUUUUUCCUUUGAAGGAUGAAACUCCAUGUGCAGAUCAAGCCCAGCAGUGUGCUCUGAUAGUGGAGGAACAAGAGCGACAGAUACAGGAUGUCAAGAAUCUAGCGUUCAAAAGUUGCUUUGGGAGGAAUUCGUAUGUUAUUUCUUUGCUAAAUUUUUAUAUCAGAAAACAAAAAUAUCAUAGUAUUCGACAAGCAGUCUUAGUUAGGUAUUAUACACCUUGAAGACUUUAUUUUGCUUAUUCUUGAAAUUUUUUACAUGAAAAAUUUACAAGUUUACUUGCAGAUGUGUCCAAGAACGAGUAGUAUUUGAUGACUGCUUCACCAAAAGCCUUCGGACAGUCCGAGCUCCAUUUUUGGGGACUGAGCAAAGUAAGGAACAUAUAAUUUCCAUAAAUUUGACAACACGCUCAUUUCUUGCAAAAUAUUUUUAAAUCAGUUGACAAUCGAUUUCUUUUCUAGACGAACGAUCGAAUGAAUUCACGGAAGCCUCAAAGAGUUAUAAGUCUCAUCUUGAGAAAUGUUUUUUGAGCAACGAACAGCCUGGCAAGCCGGACUUCACAUCAUUAUUGGUUGACGGUAAGCCCGACAGAAUUGCAAACAAAAAUGUUUUGAUUUGAUGUUAUGUAGUAUGAACGUUUCGUUUUCUAAUCUUAUUUAUGUUUUUUGAUCUAGUCGGUAUAGUUUGACCCGCCAUGUUUCUGAAUGUAGUCUUAAGCGGAUUUGUAGAAGGCAAAUUAUAAGUUGAUAAGUAUCACCUCCAGUUCUGGAUUUUUAUUUGCAAGCUACAGAAUUUUGAUGCUUUCAGAAGACGCCAUUUACGCUCGCGCAAUCUACGGCUACGAAUUCGCGGAUCGUCUGUGGGAUUUGCCCGAGAUGGGCAUUGAAAAACCCGGUCUAGAUCCGCAAGAUUCUUGCUUGGUAAAGGGCCCUAACCGCCGAGUUUUUGGAAAUGGAAUUCCAAGGAUUCAGUUGGAUUCAAAGUAAGUCAUUUUUAGAUCUAUUAUCGUUAGAAAACCAGCUGAACAAAUACAGCGAAAGUAGGAAGUUUUGCUAGGAGUUAUUCCAAGAACGUUCGCUAAAAAGAACAACAGAUCAAAGGAAAUUAGAAUAUUCUAUGCGUCAUACAAAUUUCAGCCCAUCAAUUAACAAGACUUGCCGUCUCGAGCCUCAGGAAGUGUCCUGCUACCGUAAUUUCCUCGACCAUGACAACCAAUUCCGUGGGAUGCUGAAAGCCCGCGAUCGGGUUCUCCGAGAAUGUAUUCAAGGAGUUCGAUCACAGCGCCGCUGCAGAAUGGGGCAGAGUUCGCGGAUUCGAUCUUGUCUCUGCAGUGCAAGGGAAGAGCUGGAAGUUAAAGCCGAAAAAGCACUUCUGGAAUGCGCAAAAAAUUCCCCGUUGGCUCAACUGUACUCGUCGAUUGUUGAUCUGGACAAGAAUGAUUCGGAGGAUCGAUAUCGGACGUAUGCUGCAUCACCGCAAAGGAAGAAUAAGGAUAACAGCUCGCCGUUGAAGGAGCUUCAAGACGAUGAGCCAAGCUCAAGUAGUUCUAGUGCCAUGAGCAUCACUCCAGGUAAGGUUGUUGACGUCUAACAAUAAGCUACAGAAGAGGAAUUUCUAAGGCGGAAAAAAGCCAUACGAUAGAGUAAAGGGUACCUUCAGCGGUCUUACAGGGGACUUCAUGGUCUAAAAGAAUUUAUUUUUCCUUUUUUUGACCACAAAGAAUCACCUCCUUUUUUACAGGCGUCGUCCUCAACGGCCAAUGUCUCUGCGCUUGCCCCGGUUCAUCUCCCCCUCAACUUUUUGCCGGCAAGCCAACUCCUCAAGCUCAAUUCUCCACAGACUCAGCGAUGGUUUUCCCCUCGAUUCCCCAAGCUUCAGCCGCUCCAAGCGCCCACGUAGAUUCGAUGAUGGCCGCUCAACUUCAGCACCAAAGAUUGGUUCAACAGUACCAGGCGUUGGCUGAGCAGCAUCGUCAAUUAUAUGGGACUUCGGGAUAUCAACAGCCAGUGGCCUCAGGGUCCAAUCAAAUGGGUACGAUGAGAUCGAUCGAGAGUGGAAUUGGCGAUGGAUUUGAGAGAUUCUUCAACGGAAUGCCACCAAUUCGACGAAGGGAUGUCAGUAGGAGAAUUCCCAAACUCUAA